ACGCCCACUUUAUUUUGUAAACACAGUCCAAUUGUAAUGCAAGUUUGUUUCUUAUCCCAUGCUAUUGCAAGUAACUACUUUUUCGGAUUGAAGCCACUCGUCUGCAUAGUUUCUAUGCGAUUUAUUCCAUUCAUAUGAUUGUGGGGUUCUAGAAAAUUGUAAUGAAAUAAGUGUUGUAAUUGAGUUCGCAUAGCGCAGAAUUCAACAUGUCCUGUAAUUACGCGGAUGGUUUAUCAGAUUACCAGAAUAAAGGAGUGCUCGGAGUACCAGAGGUUUUUGACGAUGCAGAAACCGUAGAACAAAAGUGCGAACAACUAGCAAAAUUGAUCAAGCAAUCCAAACACGUAGUGGUACAUACUGGAGCAGGUAUAAGUACCAGCGCAGGUAUACCCGACUUUCGGGGUCCAAAGGGUGUUUGGACGUUAGAGCAAAAAGGUGAGAAACCCUCUGUGAACAUUGCAUUUGAUGAAGCAGUUCCGACGAAAACUCAUAUGGGUCUCAAAGCCCUGGCAGAUGCUGGAUUAGUUAAAUAUAUAGUAAGUCAAAAUAUCGAUGGACUUCACAUGCGUUCCGGAUUGGAGCGAAAGUUUUUAGCAGAGCUUCAUGGAAAUAUGUUCGUGGAGCAAUGCCUCAAAUGCCGUCGUCAGUAUAUCCGAAAUAAACCCGCUCCUACCGUGGGCAAGAAACUAACGGGGGACUUUUGCAAAGGAACAAAAAAUUCCCGGGCCUGUCGAGGGGGUAAUUUAAUUGAUAAUAUUUUAGACUGGGAACAUGAUUUGCCUGAAAGAGAUUUAGAUUUGGCGUUCAUGCAUUCAGCGAUGGCUGAUCUGAACAUUUGUCUGGGAUCGACUCUGCAGAUUGUGCCAAGCGGAAAUUUACCUCUUAGGAACAAGCGAUACAGUGGAAAUUUGGUUAUUUGUAAUCUACAGCCAACGAAGCAUGACAAAAAAGCAGACUUGAAAAUAUCGAUGUACGUUGACGUCGUUAUAGAGAAGGUGGCAAAGCGACUUGGUGUAGAAAUUCCUGAAUACACAACGGAACAUGACCCCACUAAGAGCAAUCCAUGUACGGCCGAGUGGACUAUACCGUCCGACCAGGUGAAAGCCUUAGAUAAACAGUAUUCCAAAGUUAUUCGUGAAUUAUCGAAAAAUCGACAAAAAUGUCCGAAUAGUGGAAUAGAAGAUGCGGAUAACAUUUUAAAAUCUAAGAAACUAAAAAAAGAAGAAGAACCAUCAACAUUCGAUACUGCCGAAACUAAUGUAGCUGUUAAGUCCGAAAAUAUUGAUUAACGUUGAAUGUGUUUUUUGGUAUGGAAGAAUAAAACAUCACUGUAUUCAA